AUGAGCUGUCUUAAGAAGAAGAAGAAGAAGAAAAGAAGGAAUAAGAUGUUUUACUCGAACACGUUCUUGGCGAGGAAGGGCCCGUUGGGCACCGUUUGGUGCGCGGCCCAUUUGCAGCACAAGCUCAGAAAGCCGCAGUACCUAUCCACCAACGUCCCCUCCACCGUUGAACGAAUAAUGUACCCUGAAGUGCCGAUUGCACUGAGAAUGUCGGGCCAUCUUUUGCUUGGAGUCGUGCGGAUUUACUCCAAACAAGUUGACUAUCUUUACGAAGAUUGCAAUGAAGUACGAAUAAUGAUCAAUAGAGUCUACACAACUGUUGAUGUCAAUCUUCCACACGAUUCGACUCAUGCGCAGGUUCAGGCUGUAACAUUGCCAGAAAAUUUCAAUCUCGACACGUUGGAAUUAGAUGAUCAUUAUAAGGACUGGGGAGAAGAUUCUCAUAUCAAGAGCUGGGAUGACAUAACUUUGACAGAGCAAAUCCCAACUGGAAAAGAUCCAUAUAUUGUCAUCAGUUUCGACGAGAAUCCGAGGGAUACAUCGCAAACGGAAGAUAAUUUGGAAACCGGCCCGACUCCUAUGGACGAAGAUGUGCGUUUAAAUGAUCCCUCUUCGAGAAACCCAAUAUCGGCAGAUGAUAUAAAUAUUGAACACAAAACUCCACAAAAGUCGCAUAGUAUUGAAAUUAUGCGUGAUGCGGCCCACGAUUUCGGUUUCAACAAUUCGCCAAUACUGCCAGAUCGUGCAGCUCCCGACAGAUUUCUCGAGGAGCAAAUAAAUAAAGAUGCAGAGACUUUUACACCAGCUACAAAAGAAAUGCCUUCGCCCGAUGUUCGGUUUUCUUCGUCUCGUAAUAAUUUUCCUGAAGAAGAAGAAGAAGAAGAAGAAGAAGAAGAAGAAGAAGAAGAAGAAGAAGAAGACGAAGAAGAAGAAGAAGAAAGGCAUUCUCUUGGGCAAUUGAACUCCUCAACGCCUUUUGUCCAUCAAACGCCAGUAAUGGAAAUCCAGCAAAGUCCAGUUUUCGUGCAGCCGAGAGUAAGGAGGAAGAGAAAACAGUUUUUUGAUGAGGUCACUGUACUGAGCAACGAGCUCAUCCAAGAUGCUCUAAAGCACACGAGCGACAUCUGUCGGAUUAAGAGAAACUGCCCUUCAUCGUCUCUUUCCAUCUGGAAAUACAACAACAUGCAUCGAUUAAGAACGAAAGAUAAUAAUAAUUUCGAGCCCUUCAUAAAUGGAGCUUGUGACGAUUUGCUAGCUGUAUAUAAAGAAGAUGUAAUAAUCCCUGCCAGAUUUCAACUUGACCCCACACAAGAAACCCAUCAAGAAAUGAACAAAACAAAUAGUCACAUUGAAAUCGAAAUUCUUCGUAAUAACGAAUGCCCCUCACCAGAUAGGCAUAUCUCGCCUUUCUCCACGGCUAUUCCUUCUCUGGAUGGUAAAAUUUUUUUAACUCCAGAAAAUUCAGAUUUGGGCUUGCCGACAUUGGACACGGGCCCAACUCGAAAUUUUGAUUCGGAUAUUACGCAAACUCCGGACACAUUUGACGAAAUUGGGUUCAGAGCCGAGCAAACAGCCCUUUCUGACAUUCAUGAGCUGGUGCCUUCAGCCGGAGAGCUCGGUUUUCUCGAACAAGACGAUUCUUCUCCAAUUGGAUCUCAAGGAACACCCAAAGUUGGAAUCUUUACACAGAAUCUUGGAACUCCUGAGCUGCACGCAUGGUCUUCACGAACAAGGGCCGUGGCUCAGUACUUGCAAAGGCAGUCAUCGGUUACCCCUAUUGCUGAAAAAUCAGAUGAAUUGCCUGAACUGAGUUUGGACAAGAUUCUUCAGGGAAAGCCUCGAAAAGUCUGUACAAGAAUGUUCUUCGAAACUUUGGUCUUGAAAACUCAUGGACUCGUUGAUGCACGACAAGAAAAUCCGUAUGGCGAUAUCACUUUGAAAGUGACUCCUAACCUCUCCAAGGGGAAGUUCUCUGUGUAAAAGAUCACCAUGUGUUGUAGCUAUUCAUGUAAAUAGGUGGCAAUGUAUAACAGUUAAUGGCAAUAAUUCCACCCAGGAAGAUUUUUUUUGCUCAUUUGAAUAUUUGUGAUAAAUUAUGAUGUUGUCUUCAGCUAUUUUUAUUUUUGUAUAGGCCUUUUUGAUAGUCUUUUCUCUAAGUUCUCCAGUUUUUGUAGUUAUUGUGGAUGGUUAGUGGGCAAGGUUUUUUGUAGUUUGUUUGGAUGGUUAUUAGUGGUUAAUUGUAAUGUUUACAGUGAAUUUUGAUUUUAAUUUUUACUAUAUUAUAUUAAGGUUGCAUU